AUGGCAGAGGAAAACACAGCAACAGCAAUACUUGAUGAAAGGCGAACAAACAGCUACCAAAUAGUCUACCCCACAGACGACUGUGUGAAGGGAGAGUGCCGGCUAGACCCCGCAGACGUAGGCAUUUCGUACGCAAGAAUGCAGGAGCUGAACAUUUUUCAGUACGACGUAAUACUCAUAAAGGGAAAGAAAAGAAAAGAGUCCCUUUUCAUGGUGAAGAAAAUGGACAUUCCAGACGACAAAAUAGUUCUACUUCGAGAGGGGUGUGAGAAUCUGUGCUCGCGUGUCGGGGAUUUUGUGAAGCUCUACGAGCUGAUGGAUGACACAAUCACCGUGGAAAAAGCAACUAUCCUCCCCGUGAAAGAAGAUCUCGAGGGAGUGAACAUAGAUGUGUACAAUGACCUGCUUAAAGAAUACUUCGAAAAAGCAGUCCGCCCCAUCCACGUAAAUGACACCCUUACAAUUCGGAACAACAAAGUGUUCAGAUUCAAAGUGACACAGGUGAAGGCAGGCCCUCACUGCUUUGGGAAGGUGGGAAAAGACACGGAAAUAUUCUGUUCAGGAGAAAUAUCCGAAGAAGAGCUGAUGGCUGAAAAGAACAUGAUAGGAUACGAUGACAUCGGAGGGUGCAGAAAACAGAUGGCGAAGAUAAGAGAGCUUGUAGACCUUCCACUGCGCCACCCUGUUCUCUUCCAAAAGCUUGGUGCUAAGCCUCCCAGAGGAAUUCUCAUGCACGGCCCCCCGGGGACAGGAAAGACAAUGAUCGCGCGAGCAGUUGCAAAUGAGUCAGGGGCUUUCUUUUUCCUCAUCAAUGGCCCUGAGAUUAUGUCCAAGCUCUCAGGAGAGAGCGAGAAUAACCUGCGAAAAGCCUUUAAAGAAGCAGAGAAAAACAGCCCCAGCAUUAUCUUCAUAGAUGAAAUAGAUGCUAUAGCACCAAAGAGAGAUAAGAGCCAGGGAGAAGUUGAAAAGAGAGUAGUAUCACAGCUUCUCACCCUUAUGGAUGGGCUCAACUCGAGAGCUACUGUGAUUGUGAUCGGUGCUACUAACCGCCCUAACAGCAUAGACCCUGCUCUUCGAAGAUUUGGAAGAUUUGACAGAGAAAUAGAAAUAGGAAUACCAGACUUUGCAGGAAGACUCGAGAUUAUGAGAAUCCACACGAAGAACAUUCUCAUGGCAGAGUCUACAGACAUCGAGAAAAUAGCAAAAGACACGCACGGGUACACGGGGAGUGAUUUAGCCUCUCUUUGCUCAGAAGCUGCCCUGCAGCAGAUACGCGAGAAGAUGCACUUAUUUGACUUAGACAGUGACACUCUUGACAUAGGAGUGCUCAACUCCCUUGCAGUUUCGCAGGAGAACUUUGAGUACGCGCUGCGACACACUGAUCCCAGCUCGCUCAGAGAAACUGUCCUAGAGGCUCCCAAUGUCUCUUGGGAUGAUGUAGGAGGGCUAGAGCAAGUGAAGACUGAGCUCAGAGAGAUGGUGCAGUACCCUGUUGAGUAUCCUGAUCUGUACAGAGAGUUUGGAAUGAGCCCUUCCAGAGGUGUGCUCUUCUAUGGUCCCCCAGGGUGCGGUAAGACUCUCUUGGCUAAGGCAGUUGCCAGUCAGUGCAAUGCAAACUUUGUGUCGAUCAAAGGCCCAGAGCUACUGACAAUGUGGGUCGGAGAGAGUGAGGCAAAUCUCAGAGAAAUCUUUGAUAAAGCGCGAGCUGCAGCACCGUGUGUUCUUUUCUUUGAUGAGAUCGACUCGAUCGCUAGAGCCAGGGGAGGAGACAGGAAUACAUCAGGAGGAGCCACACAGAUCCUCAACCAGAUGCUUAUUGAAAUGGAUGGAAUGAACUCCAAAAAGAACGUGUUUGUCAUAGGAGCUACAAACAGGCCAGAUGUCAUUGAGCCUGCGCUUAUGAGACCAGGAAGAUUGGAUCAGCUUAUCUACAUUCCUCUUCCCGAUGAGGAGAGCAGACUUUCCAUCCUGAAGGCAAGUCUGCAGAAGGCUCCGCUGGAUGAGUCAGUGAAUCUACGGGACAUAGCUAAAAAGACCGUGGGGUUCUCGGGGGCUGACUUGACAGAGGUGUGCCAAAAGGCGUGCAAGUUCGCUGUUAAGAAGAGAAUUGAGGAAGAAAUAGCUGCGAAAAAGGGAGGAAUGGAAAUUUCAGAUGUUUCUGCUCCGGAAGCAGGAGAAAGCACGGGAAAAACUGUCUGUGUGACAAGUGAAAACUUCCGCAUGGCUCUGGAGAGAUCCAGAAGAAGCGUGAGCGAGGAAGAAGAGAGGAAAUACGACGGAUUCCAGAGCAAGUACAAGGAAGGGCUGGGAUCUCUUUCAGAGACAGUCGAUGAGUCGGGGCUUUACGACUAA